UUUUCGGCAUGAUUGAGCAUAUUAAGUAAGGAAACGAGUUCAGCAGAAAACCCUGGAGCGAAGGUGAGUUAUACAUCACCUCCAGAUAUCUAUUAAAGAUAAAGACGGCGUUGUUUACUGAUUAAGGCUCAGAUCAGCCGUGAGCUCGCGCUGAAGCAGGACAGUGGGCCGGUAUGUUGCCUGAUAAAGAUGGACCGAGAGGUGGCGGAGGGGUCCAGGACGGUCCCGGGACAGAAGACCCUUCAGUGACCUUAUUCAGAGAAUACCUGCGGCUGAAGACCGUCCACCCAGAGCCCGACUACGAUGCUGCUAUAAGGUUUCUGGAGCGGAUAGCGGAGGAGCUGGCUUUACCCAUGAAGAAAGUGGAGGUGUGUCCCGGUCGAGUCAUUGCGAUCAUCUCGUGGGUCGGCAGCCGGCCCGAGUUGAAGUCUGUGGUUUUGAACUCACACACUGAUGUGGUCCCGGUUUAUGAGGAACACUGGAAACAUGAUCCAUUUGCUGCUGUCAAAGAUGAGCAUGGCAACAUCUACGGCAGAGGAUCUCAGGACAUGAAAUGUGUCACGAUACAGUACAUUGAAGCCAUUCGCAGACUGAAGGCGGCUGGGAAGAGAUUUUCUCGAACUGUCCAUUUAACAUUUGUCCCAGAUGAGGAGGUCGGUGGUCACAAAGGAAUGGAGACAUUUGUGAAGCAUCCUGAAUUUCAAAAGCUGAACAUUGGUUUUGCCCUUGAUGAAGGUUUGGCAAACCCAACCAAUGCCUAUACUGUCUUCUACGGAGAAAAGAACCCCUGGUGGAUCACAGUCCGCUGUCCAGGAAGUCCAGGUCAUGGUUCCAGGUUUGUGGAGAACACAGCAGCAGAGAAACUAAGGCGUGUAAUAAACUCCUUCCUGGAGUUCAGAGAGAAAGAGAAAACCCGGCUGAACACCAAUGAGUGUUUUACUCUGGGUGAUGUCACCACUGUGAACAUGACCAUGGUGAAAGGGGGCGUGGCUUAUAAUGUGGUUCCUGCGGAAAUGGAUGUCAGUUUUGACUUGAGAAUCCCGCCCACUGUUAACCUGCAGGAGUUUGAAGAAAAGAUAAAAGCCUGGUGUAAAGAAGCUGGUGAGGACGUGACAUAUGAUUUUGCACAGAAACACAUGGACCAGAAUUUCACGUCCACAGAGGAGAGCGACCCCUGGUGGCGUGCGUUUAGCUCCACCUGCAAAGCCAUGAACAUGACUGUGAAAAAGGAAAUCUUCCCUGCUGCCACAGACAGCCGCUUCAUCAGGGAAGAGGGUCUUCCUGCCAUUGGCUUCUCGCCGAUGAAUCUCACUCCCAUCCUGCUUCAUGAUCAUAACGAGUAUCUGAAUGAGCAGGUGUUCCUGCGGGGCAUCCAGGUGUACGAGCGUCUGGUCCCGGCUUUGGCCAGUGUGCCACCUCUGAGUGGAGAAGAGUAGAGGAUCUCAGUCAUCCUCUCCUGCUUCAGUCUCUCACAGCUGCUUCUGCUCCUCACGGUUCUGAGUAUAAAGGGGCUGAUUUCCACACAAAUGUAUCUGACAUAACACCAAAGAAUGGGCUGAUCCCAUAUAAUGAAGAUCACCAUUAUGUUUGUUUCAACUCAGGAGCUGCUUUCUUUCAAUAACGUCUUAGAAAUGCUUUUAAGUCUUAUUUGUUAGCUGAUAUGUAGGAACUGAUAUGAACUGUUGUUUUAAUUCAUAAAGUGUAAAUUUAACACACUUAAAUUAGGCAGUUUGUGUCUCAUAUAUGAAAAAAGAAAAUUAUUUCAGAGACUGAAACUGUAUAACUGUUUUUGCCAUAGAUGCAUUAUAUUUUUUAAUAUAAAUGAUUCUGAUACAAAUAU